AAAAAACCAGCGAAAAAAACCAGUCGGAAAAAACCAGUCGAAAAAAACCCGGACAAAAGUGGGGGACUAUUCAACCAACUCGUCCAUUAGGAAUAGAGAUUCCUUCUGUGAUUGAUGAAUAAAUCCCUAGUUCACCUAAGAAAAACAGGCGGGGGUGCGGCCUCGGAUCCGAUGGACACGGGCGCAGAUCCUCCACGCCACCGCCGGCUCAGGAAGGCCUCCAUCUCCGCACCGCCGCCGCCUACCCACACCCGAAACGGAUGCGUCUGAGCGAGGAACACAGCAGUUGCUGUGAGGACAAGAUCAGCAGCUUACCUGACGAGAUGUUAAUCUUGAUCAUCGACAAGCUAGAUGCACGGACAGCGAUAAGCACCACUAUCCUUUCGAGGCGAUGGCGGGAUCUUCCUACAUACCCGCGCACAUGUUAUGACCUUACGGUUGAUGACGCUCUCCCUCCACGGUACCACAGACUGAAGCAAAUUGUGAUGGAGGCUAAGGCAGGGUAUGAGGCAGAGAAGAAUGCACUGAAGUCGGACGACAGUUAUGCUUCUAGAGACCAGUUAUAUUCCUUCAAAGACUGGAAGUGGAAAGUCCGUCUGCUAACACCCAUCCUGCAACGUUAUGAGCGUUUGGCCAUGCGACGCUAUGUUAAACGGGUGAAUGCAUUCCUUCUGGCCCCCAACAAUGUUCAGCAACAGUCUAUUCAGAAGCUGAGGCUUCAAGCCUGUGGGACGAGCAAUUUCACUGACCAAUGGAUUACGGAAGCGAUUGGCAGAUGGGGCGUUGAAGAUUUGGAGCUUGUCAUUGACAACUCUUGCUGGCGCUAUGACUUCCGGCUGUUGGAUGGAUGCAAAAAUGUGCGACUGAAACGGCUUGUGCUAUCCAAUUGUUAUCAUCGUUUUGCACCCAACCCCUUGACGUUUCAGAGGCUCACAUCACUUACUCUCUGCAAAGAAAGUUCACGUAUGCCACGCGUUGAUGAUAUUCUGAGAAACUGCGUGCAGCUGGUGAAUUUGAGGCUGAAAGAUUCUAGUGGUUGCCAACCUGCUUUUCAUAUCUUUGUUCCUAACUCAAAGUUAAAGAGUCUGCAAUUGGACAACUACAACACUGUGGGUGUCUACCUGGGUUUGGUGCCUUAUCUUGAAACAUUUGCUUGUCGUGGUCAGCCAACUAUACUACACUAUGGCUUGGUGCCUCGACUUAGGCAUGUGAGUUUGAACUUCUUGCAAACUGGAGAUGACGGCAAGAAUGAUUCCUCCGGUAGCAACAGGACAUAUCGACUAAGCAAAUUCUUUUUAGGGUGGCCGCCACCGCUAGAGUACCUAGUUCUGCAGUUAAGAGGGCGUCAGAUGUGGAUUGAACUAACCGCCAUCCCCGACCAGUUCAAUCAUCUCAAGAAACUAUUCAUUGCAAACGUGCAAAUGAACUGGGAUACAUUCUGGAUUCUCCACCUACUUGCUGCCGCACCUGCCUUGGAGUCGCUCCAUGUUCAUUUUGACAGCAAGUCAGAGAAGGCAACUGCUGGAUCACUGAAUGUGCAAGUGGAGCACCAUCAGCAGCACCAUCACCUGAAAGAACUCGUGGUCAUCGGCUUCGGCGGGGCGGCGGGGCAGACAGGCUUUGUGAAGCAGAUCAUCCAGGCAUCGCCGAUCCUGGAGCGCGUCCGCCUGCUGGACGGGCACGUCGUGGAGGACGAAGAGCGGGAGCUCGUCGGCCUGGAGAUCGUCCGCCGCAUCCGGGAGUGGCACGAGCGCGAGAGAUUGGAGGUGCUCGACGAACUGACAGGCGGGAUCAGUUCGCCUCAUCUCGAAAUAGUUCUGGAAUGACUUUUGGUAAAAGUGUUGCUGUGCCGGCGGUGGCCUUCCGUUCUGUAGGGCUUGUAGCUGUAUGCCAUGGCCUAAUGAUUAUGUUAUGCUGCCUCUAAAGAUAGAACAACAUGUCUUUGUAUCGGGUAUCUUGUGCUUUACUUUUGCUCGAUUAUCCAAAGGACGGACGGACGGAUGCAGCUGGCUGUUGAGAUGAUUGAUUCCGUGGUGCUCAUGGUGUGGCUUGACUAGGCAAAAUUACCACUUGGACGCCCAAAAGAUAUUUUUCUUUCCUUUCUGAUAGAACCAAAAAGAUAUGCAGCAUCCCUGAUAUUGUAGACUACUGCUACUUGUUGGACCUGAACAACAACUUGCUGGACCUGAUAUCACAACAAGCACUGGUUUAAAUUCAUAUAGCUGGCCAAAUUUUCAAAACCAGAAAAGACACAAACAUGGUAAGUACACGGAUGAAGUUUCAACACCGUCUAUAUGUUUACUCAAAGAGGAUUUGUGGCACACGGGUGCGGGGGCAUCGACCCCAUUUUUGUUUUGGCCUUUGAGUUUCAAUAUUUUGUAAAAGUCCAAAUUGAGUUUUGUUUCCAUGCUCGUCUUUCUUGUGAGAGGGCUUUCGAAUAUGACUCAUUUUGAGUACAUUUCGACGAUUAUUUUAAAACUUUGUGCAGUUUCAUCUGCUGAAACUUGAUGCAAAGAACGACAAAAUGUCCAAACACAAAGACACCGGUUCAAAUUUACGCGAAUAAAUGUUU